AUGGCGACGGAUCUGGAGGAUAUCGUCGAGCAUAUGAGGCGGUUCGCGUGGCCGGAUUACCUGGUGUUCGUGUCGAUGCUGCUCCUGUGCAUCCUGAUUGGGGUUUACUUCGGGUUCGUGCAGCGUAAACCGAACACCGAAUCGGAAUACCUGAUGGGAGGUCGGACGAUGUUGGUGUUUCCGAUCGCUCUCUCCCUCAUCGCCAGCUUCAUCUCUGGCAUCACCUUGCUCGGUCUCCCUACAGAAGUGUACUCCUUCGGCAUCCAGUACGUGUACGUGGCGCUAGGAGUAACGCUGAUGGGAUUCGUAAUGGGAUUUAUCUAUCUUCCCGUGUUCCACAAGCUCAACAUUACAUCGACAUACGAGUACCUGGAGACACGUUUCGAUCGUCGGUUACGAAUGUUCGGGUCGAUUAUGUUCACAAUCAUGAAUAUCGGCUAUCUUCCAAUUGUCAUUUACGUGCCGGCGCUUGCUUUUAAUCAAGUAACGGGAGUGAACAUCCACGUUAUAACGCCCAUCGUGUGCAUUGUUUGUGUGUUCUACACCUGUGUGGGUGGCCUUAAAGCCGUCGUAUGGACCGACGUGGUGCAAACGUUUUCUAUGUUCGGUGCGCUGGUUCUCGUGGCCGUUAAGGGCACGAUCGAUCUUGGCGGAUCGGAUGUGGUGUUUCGAAGUGCUUGGAACACGGGACGACUGGAGCGACCUAACUUCGACAUCAAUCCAACCACUCGGCACACGUUCUGGUCCCAGUUGAUCGGUGGUUUCGUUUACUGGCUGCAGACGAACGCCGUCAGCCAAAAUAUGAUCCAGCGGUACUUAUCGCUGCCAUCAGUGGCCGCAGGACGACGAGCCCUCUGGAUCUUCGUGUUCGGUGUGUGUCUGCUCAUGUCAUUGUGCAGCUACUGUGGGCUUCUGAUAUACGCCACCUAUCAACAAUGUGAUCCACUCACAACCAAGCUUGCGCGCGCCAAAGAUCAACUGUUGCCGUUGUUUGUGAUGGACAUUCUGCGGGACCUUCCGGGGCUUCCGGGGUUGUUCGUGGCUGGUGUGUUCAGUGCGGCUCUUAGCUCACUCUCGACCUGUCUCAACUCCAUGUCGGCGGUGAUACUAGAGGACUUUGUCAAGCCGUUCGUCAGCAAACCUCUCUCACAGCGGACAAUCAAUUGGAUCAUGCGGUCGGUUGUCGUUGGUGUCGGCGCACUUUGUGCCGCGCUCGUGUUUGUGGUCGAAAAGAUGGGCACUGUGUUACAGCUCACGAUGAGCCUGGAAGCGAUUACGAAUGGACCGCUGCUAGGCACAUUCACUAUCGGUAUCCUCAUUCCGUGGGUUGAAGCUAAAAGUGCUCUCACCGGUGGCAUCGUCGGGGUGAUAUUUAUGUCCUGGCUCAGCUUGAAGGCACAAUAUUGGGUUGCAACCGGCACGAUAGUGUUCCCACACAAGCAGAUGUCGGUCGAUGGUUGCACUUACGAGUUCGAUCAGUCGUUGGUAAACGCCACAAGCACGAGCGUUUAUACGACCGAUGACAUUUUUCCACUGUUCCGCGUGUCGUACAUGUGGUAUACAUUCCUUGGAGCGGCCGUCACCAUACUGGUUUCGUUGCUCUGCACAGUACUAAUCUUUGGGCGUAACGAUCCUAAAACCGUCUCGCCCGACCUGAUGGCUGGAUUCGUGGGUCGUUACAUACACGGACAUAACUCCCCAGCGAACGAUCGUCUGUCUAAAGCCGGAUGUGGCACAAACGGCAAAUCGUUACACGAAUCUGCACUAUAGGGCAAAACCCGAUCAUAUGCUUUUUUUUACAAUUUUACUGACAAAAGCAAAUCCAUUUAGUGUAAAAUUUUGUUAUUUUAUGGGUAGAGCGAGGCUUUGAUAGUAGCUCCCAUUAAUAAAAACUGCGUUUCAUGAUAAUAUUAC